AAGGGGCAGGCUUUGCAAAGUAUAAAUACUGGGACUUCAAUAGCACAUCCCUAUCUGAUGUGAGAGUCCUAGCAGGGAGGCUUGACAAGGAUCUGCUUGGAGGGGGAUUGAGUGGGGUUUUCCUGCACUCUCAGCCCCCUUAAUGUCUUAUGAUUGAGGUGUGAGAGAGCCCAGGAGGAAGACCCCCAGCUUAUUAUUAUCACUAUUAUCAUUACUCUACUACCACUAGCUGCCAUGGAAGAACUCACUGCUUUUGUGUCCAAGUCGUUUGAUCAGAAGAUAAAGGAGAAGAAGGAGCUGAUCACUUACCGGGAGGUGCUGGAGAGCGGGCCGGCCCGGGGCAAGGAGCCCGGCUGCGGGGAGGGGAUGCGGGAGGACGGGGUCCCGGUGAUCCGGGGGGCAGGAGGGGGAGGCGGCGGAGGAGGAGGAGGUGGAGGAGGAGGAGGCGCUAGAUCACCAGUCCUGGAGCUCGAACUGACCGCAGACAGGAUCAGGGACCCGGGGAGCCCCAAACUCACAGAGGUGUCUCCUGAAAUGAAAGAACGAAAAGAUGACUUGAAAGUGUUAGAGGAUGAGGGGCAGACUAAAAUCAAGCAGAGAAGGAGUCGGACUAAUUUCACUUUGGAACAGCUGAACGAGUUGGAACGGUUGUUUGAUGAGACACAUUACCCUGAUGCCUUCAUGAGAGAAGAACUGAGCCAAAGGCUAGGGCUGUCUGAGGCCAGAGUCCAGGUCUGGUUUCAAAAUAGAAGAGCAAAAUGCAGAAAGCAGGAAAACCAGCUACAUAAAGGGGUUCUGAUAGGAGCUGGAAGCCAGUUUGAAGCCUGUCGUGUAGCACCUUAUGUCAAUGUGGGAGCUCUGAGGAUGCCAUUCCAGCAGGAUAGUCAUUGCAACGUGCCAUCCUUGUCCUUCCAGGUGCAGGCACAGUUGCAGCUGGACAGUGCGGUGGCUCACGCCCAUCAUCAUCUCCACCCUCACCUCACAGCACACGCCCCCUACAUGAUGUUUCCGGCUCCGCCCUUUGGCCUCCCGUUGGCAACUUUGGCUGCAGAGACGGCGACGGCUGCGUCAGUAGUGGCUGCGGCAGCUGCGGCCAAAACCACCAGCAAGAACUCCAGUAUCGCAGACCUCAGACUGAAAGCCAAAAAACACGCAGCUGCACUGGGACUGUGACUAGACCCGCAAGGGCCCUUUGCAAGCAGGGCCCUACAGACUUUAUCUCAAACCUUUUAUUUAUGAUCUGGAGUCUCAACCUCAAAACCAAAACCCUCACCUUUAUGUUUCUGAAUGGUGGAGGUAUCCAAAAAAAGACAACCGCCAUCUUGGAUGAGAAGGCAUUCUGGAAAGCCUUUCUCCGCCAAAUACUUGGUUCAUUUUCAAUAUUGGUGUACUAAGUGGUAUCACUAACUAAGAAGUACCGUAAUGGCAUUUUUGGCGGUGGGUGAGGGACCAAUACGACUACAAACAACCAUGUAAUAACAGACACAGCACAGAGACAGAACUUUUAAAUAUAUUUCUUAAAUAAUCUAUGAAUUAAGUGAUUUUUUUAUGCUACUGUGUGAGCAUUGGGAUGGGAAAUCACACACUUUUUUUUCUGCUGUGGCACUUGAAAAGGGAAGAGCAAAAAAAAAAGUAAAAUAAAAUUGUAAAAAUUCUAUGGACAUAUAAAUAUGGGGGCAAGAAAAGAGGACAUUUUGGGGGGAAUUCACUGGUUUGACACUGACCCUUUUGUGCAAAAGUUCACUUUAAUACAAGGAAAUUUGACAAGUGAGGCGGGCCUCCUUGUAUCACAUCUUCUGGAGUCUCAGACGCACCUGGAAGAACGAAUAGAAUAAUAAAAAAGAAAAAUAAAGUGACAAUUUCUCGGCUGAUUUCUAAUGGCGGAUUGUAUAGCUGACUGUUUGACAGAUACUUGGUUUGCAUGUCCUUGCCAUUUCAUUGAUGCAGUUAUUUGACUUACUUGCACUUCAUCCUCAUCUUUUAUUAGCUAUAAACAUAAAAAGUAAAUCAUUUUGCUAAAACAUUUUUCCUGGAUAACUGCACAAGACAGAAAAAACCCCAGAAAUAAACAAAAAAAUAAAAUUAGUAAGUUUUAAAUUGAGCAAUUUGUAUGCUAGAGAGGUGCAAUUGCCCUGGGUAUCCUUUGGAGAGGCUAAAAUGAUGCUAUCAAAAUUGCAAGCGUCAUUUGAGCACCACUGUAAUGACACUGAAUUCAUAAGAACUCGGUGACUUUCUGAUAGGAUUCAAUGCAAUAAGCUGCUCAUUCCCUUUGGAACUCAGAAAGUUAUAGAACUGCUUUUCCAUUUACCGAAUAACAUCAAUGGUAAGAAGAAUAUAGCCAAUUGGUUAUCUUGAUACUUACCAGGAUUGUACUGUAUUAAAGUUGAUAUUUAAGGCACAUCCCAUGCUAGCCUUUGGCUACAUGUAAAAUAAUGUUAAUACACAUGAACAAAGUUUAUUUUGGUUACAUUGUGAAAUUGAUAGUUGAUUGUUAGCAUUUGCAUUUUAAUUUCAUAAAAGGUGUAUUCUAUUCAAGUAUCUUGUGAUCUUUAUUUUGAAUACUUAUUGAUAU